AUGGUUGCUGGACUUGCCGAGGAAAGAAGGUCAAAUGUGACGAGAUAUCCAACCGGCAGUUCUUCUUCUGCGUCGAUAGCUGCCGAUUACUGUGCCGUGCUCGAUCUCUCCACAAGACAGUUACCCAAAGAGGGGGCCAGGCGUGUGGAUACGGCAUUGCCCGACGGUUCUGAAUGCAACACAUUAGCUCAUGAGCAGGCAAACGUGGGGUCAGCCGCCAUAACUUGUCCACCUGACUCGCCAAAGUUCGACACCGCUGGCGGAGUGGCGUUGGGCAACCAAGAACUCGAGGCCAUCCGCCAUUUCCGCGAUUCAUUUGCACCGUUAUACGUCACCAAGAACCCAGAUUACUCGGUCUUCUCCGUCUUGUUGCAGAUUGCAAAAGACGACGCGAUACUGAUGCAUCUGGUGAUAGCGAUCGGAUGCCGUGAGAUCGACUUCCGACGACAGUCAUGGCGAAAGAGAGAUUGUCGGCACCGAGAAGAUGACCAAGGGUGCGGCUCAGCGCAGCGGUCUCUCGGCCUGAGGCAUUAUUCCGUCGCCCUACGAGCCAUGUCUGCUCUUGUGGCAAACGGCCAAGCGUCCACCACCAACAUCGAUCUCGAUACUCUGACCAGUAUCCUUCUUCUCAUGAUCAUGUACGAGCAGAUUCACGGGGAUCCUAGAUGUCGGGGUCUCUCCACACAUCUGUUGGGGGCAUCGCUCAUCCUCGAGCGCUACUAUAGCAACGUGUUGGGGGACGUAACGUUUCUCCCUCAAGCUGGGGACAGCCAGCAUCAGCGAUGUGCUCUAGCGCGGAGAGCAAGGCCCGGAACCAGGACGCAUUUAUCACUGUAUUCUGCCCGACUCCUUGUACGCAUUAGUGGCAUGGACGUUAUCGCUUCAUUCUAUGGCUUAGGUGGUCAAGUCACGGGCACCCUUCUCAAGAUGAUGGCCGAAGACAAUGCCAGGCGGAGGAAAGCUAGCCCUGGGUUGAUGGACAGCCUUUCGUGGCUCCACCGUUAUUCAAACCCGCUCUAUCGCGCUGUCUGGGGAGAUGUAUAUCCCCAAACAGAGAUGGUUGACGACCUGGAGAAUCGAACUGUAUACGACCUUCUGGGGGCAUGUACCCAGCUACGAUUUAGGAUCUCGCAACUGACUGACGUCUUGUCCCGCGAUGAUCAUGGAGCUAAAGCUGCGCUCAUUGCUGGCGUUGAAGCCGCGAUCCAGGACAUUGGCCAUCGUUUCGCUGACCUUCUCGAAUUCCGCGGUAUUACACAGAGCUCAUCCUAUUCCUCCGUAUAA